AUGGAGGCUGGCCUACAGCAGCUGGGCCCCACGGGCAUGGGGUUAUCCAUGGACGUGACUCUGGACCCGGACACGGCUCAUCCCAACCUUGUCCUGUCUGAGGAUCGGAAAUGUGUACAACACAGAGACACCCGACAGCAUGUGCCCGACACCCCGGAGAGAUUUGAUUAUUGUCCCUGUGUCCUGGGCUCGGAGGGGUUCACGGGCGGGAGGCGCUACUGGGAGGUGGAGGUGGGAGACAAGACAGAGUGGUACGUGGGCGUGUGCAGGGAGUCUGUGCGCAGGAAGGGGGGGAUCACGCUGUCACCUGGCCAUGGAUACUGGGUCGUGUGGCUGGAAGAUGGAGGACACGAGCCCUGCACCUCCCCCUGGACCCCCCUCCCCGUGCGCAUGCACCCCAGGUGGGUGGGGGUUUUCCUGGACUACGAGGGAGGCGAGGUCUCAUUUUACAAUGUGACCAACAGGUCCCAUCUCUUCACUUUCACUGACACCUUCUCCGGGACCCUGCGCCCUUUCUUCAGUCCUGGUCUCAAUGCUGGGGGCACCAACGUGGCUCCCCUGACCCUGUGCCCGCUGUCCCACUGUGCACUGCUGGCCAUGGUGGUAACUGGCCCAGUGCCCCCCAGCCCCUUGGCCCUGACAAUGGACCCCGUGGCAAUGCUGGUGCCAGGGACUGAGCUGGGUCUGCGGCUGUCCCAGAGCCAGGAGAGCUGUGACCCCUGA